AUGUAUCAGCGUAUCCAACCGCGUAUCUAUCCACGUACCUAUCCACAUAUCAAUUCACGUAUCUAUCCUCGGUUCUCUCCACGUAUCUAUCCACGUAUCCAACCACGUAUCUAUCCACGUACCUAUUCAGGUAUCCAGCCACCUAUCAAUCCACGUAUCAAGAGACGUAUCUAUCCACAUAUCAAUACACGCAUAUAUCCACGCAUCCAUCCACGUAUAUAUCAACGUAUCUAUCCCCGAAUCUAUCCACGUAUCUAUUCACUUUUCAAUCCAGGUAGCAAUCCACGUGUCUAA